AUGACCACCACUCCACCUCCAUGGAUGCUCCUCGCCUUGUUCUUCUUGAGGAGCACUUUGGCGUCUCCGUUCCAGCUGGCUCCGGACACCCCUGCCCCUGCUGAACCUGCUCCCACCAGGCCCACCCCUCGGCCGGACCCGUGUGAGGGAGUGCCCUGCCUGAACAGAGGCUCCUGUCUGGCCCUCACCUCUGCGGGGCCACUACAGGACACCUGGGAGUACACCUGCACCUGCCGCCCGGGUUACACCGGUCGCAACUGUGAGUUCUUCACAGACCCAUGUGCCAGCAGCCCCUGUCUCCAUGGCAACUGCAGCCAUAGCGACGGCGAUGCUGGGGAGCUGGCCUUCACCUGCGAGUGCAGCGACGGAUACGAGGGAGUGAGGUGCGAUCAGAUCCUGCUGGACCUCCCGCCCGCCGAAUGGGAGCCGGCCACCCCCUCUGCGCCCGAGCCCGCCACCCCGGUCGCCCCGACAACCACGGCCGCCACUCAGCCGCCCCAGCCAACCACAGUGUCCUCCACCACACCGCCUGCCCCGCCCACUCUGCCGCCAUGGCAACCCAAGUCUGGACAGAGGCUGCUGGUGGUGCCCUGGGAGCCGGAUAGGGUGACUGAGGGCCUACGCUGUUUAAGCCCUGAGCUGUGUGAGCUCACAUCUGGUACUCUCACUCUGGCUCUGGAGGUUCCUGAGGAGACAGCCGUCAAGGUGCUGGUAGGUGCGAGUGGAGCUCCGGAGCUGUGGCGUGUUAGUGAAGAGGGCUUUCUCCGCUCCUCCAUCUUGAAUGGCACCACCCUGACCUUCUUGCAGGCGGAAGACGGACUGGUGCUGCCCGACCACCUGCUGCCACUGGGACAGAACUACUUCCUCAGUGUGCUGCGUGUUGGCGCCCCCACUGCCCCGGAGGUCACACUGCGUCUGAACCUGACAGUGAAGGCCAGCAGCUGUGUGGAGCCUGGGAGCAGCUUCAGUGACCCACAGUGUUCUGGGAAAGGGAGAUGUAUCACACAGCCCUCUGAAAGCACUUUCUUCUGUGAUUGUGACGACAGCUACACUGGGAUCUUCUGCGAGGAGUUUGACGCCUGCCACCACAGACCCUGUCGCAACAAUGGCACCUGCUCCGAUGUGAGGCAGGGGGCACAGGGACGCAACUUCACCUGCUCCUGCCAGCCAGGUUAUGAAGGCGAGCGCUGUCAGCUCUUGGUGGACCACUGCCUCUCCCAGCCCUGCAAGAACGGAGCCACAUGUUUCAGCAGCUUGGCCGGGCCCAGGUGCUACUGUCCCGAAGGGUACCAGGGCCCCACAUGUGAGCAGAAGGUGGACCCCUGUGCCUCCAGUCCAUGCCACAACAAUGGAACGUGUUACCCCCAGGGCCCCGGGCCCCUGGGUUUUGGUUGCAGCUGUCCCGCUGGCUUCACAGGCCCCACAUGUGCUCAGCUGGUGGACUUCUGCGCCCUCAACCCCUGUGCCCAUGGGGUCUGUCGCAGUGUGGGCAACAGCUAUCGCUGCCUCUGCAUCCCAGGCUACCACGGUUUGUACUGUGAGGAGGAGUACAACGAGUGUCUGUCCGCCCCCUGCCAGAACUACGCCACCUGCCGAGACCUUAUCAAUGCUUAUGAAUGUGUCUGCACCUCUCAGUUUGAAGGCAGACACUGUGAGAUCUACAAAGACCCCUGUCUGAGGAUGCGCUGUCAGAACGGCGGACGCUGUGAGAGUACAGGGCUCAAUGCAUCUUGUGUCUGUGCUCCUGGAUACCAUGGCGAAAAGUGUGAGAUCGACAUCAAUGAGUGUGAGAGCAACCCCUGUCACCAUGGCGGCUCUUGUAUCGACCAAUCAAACGGCUUCACCUGCCACUGUCCGCCUGGGUGGGUGGGGCCCAGCUGUGAGAUCCAUUUGCAGUGGAAGCCGGCGCACACCGAUGACACACUGACCAACAUGCCUCGUCACUCCCUGUACAUCAUCAUCGGGGCUCUGUGUGUGGCCUUCGUCCUCAUGCUCAUCAUCCUCAUUGUGGGCAUCUGCCGUAUCAGCCGCAUCGAGUACCAGGGUUCCUCUCGCCAUGCCUACCAGGAGUUUUACAACUGUCGCAGCAUCGACAGCGAGUUCAGCAAUGCCAUCGCCUCCAUACGCCACGCCAGAUUUGGCAAGAAGUCCCGGCCUGCCAUGUAUGACGCGACCCCCAUAGCUUAUGAAGACUACUGUCCUGAGGAUAAGCCUUUGGUUACUCUCAUUAAAACAAAGGAUUUGUAAGCAAACAACCAUGCCAACUUUUAGAAUUAACUACAUGCUGCAUACACCCAAACACACACAUCUAGUAUAUAAAGCAUAGAAUUUCUUACAAAAAAACAAAUAACAGCAAAACUGCGUGAAUGUAAAAUGAAAUAAAAAAAAAAAAGUAGUAGAUUGUAGUUUGAAGAGAUCAAAUCUGGAAUUUGAUACAUCUAUUUUCCUGUUUAAGGCUGUCUUGUAGCAUUAGAAGCAAACUUGUCUUGAAACAUCAAUAAUGAACGGGCAACAUGAGCAGUAACUUAGAGAAGACUUUAGUCUGUAAAGCCACUCUGUCCAUAUGGGCUGGAGU